AUGAAAUUUCCAAUCGAGACUCCAAGAAAACAGGUUAACUGGGAUCCUAAAGUGGCCGUUCCCGCAGCAGCGCCCCCAGUGUGCCAGCCCAAGGGUGCCACUAACGGGCACUACCCGGCCCCACGCCUGUCCAUCUCCUCCCGAGCCACGGUGGUAGCCAGGAUGGAAGGCGCCCCCCAGGGGGGACUGCAGACCGUCAUGAAGUGGAAAACCGUGGUUGCCAUCUUCGUGGUGGUGGUGGUCUACCUUGUCACGGGUGGUCUCGUCUUCCGGGCUCUGGAGCAGCCCUUUGAGAGCAGCCAGAAGAAUACCAUCGCCUUGGAAAAGGCAGAGUUCCUGCGGGACCACAUCUGUGUGAGCCCACAGGAGCUGGAGACAUUGAUCCAGCAUGCCCUUGACGCUGACAACGCAGGGGUGAGUCCGAUAGGAAACUCCUCCAACAACAGCAGUCACUGGGACCUCGGAAGUGCCUUUUUCUUCGCUGGAACUGUCAUCACCACCAUAGGGUAUGGGAAUAUUGCUCCGAGCACUGAAGGAGGCAAAAUCUUUUGUAUUUUAUAUGCCAUCUUUGGAAUUCCACUCUUUGGUUUCUUAUUGGCUGGAAUUGGAGACCAACUUGGAACCAUCUUUGGGAAAAGCAUUGCAAGAGUGGAGAAGGUCUUUCGAAAAAAGCAAGUGAGUCAGACCAAGAUCCGGGUCAUCUCCACCAUCCUGUUCAUCCUGGCCGGCUGCAUUGUGUUUGUGACGAUCCCUGCCGUCGUUUUCAAAUACAUCGAGGGGUGGACGGCCCUGGAGUCCAUUUACUUUGUGGUGGUCACUCUCACCACGGUGGGCUUUGGCGACUAUGUGGCAGGGGGAAAUGCUGGCAUCAAUUACCGGGAGUGGUAUAAGCCCCUCGUGUGGUUUUGGAUCCUUGUUGGCCUUGCCUACUUUGCCGCGGUCCUCAGUAUGAUCGGAGAUUGGCUACGGGUUCUGUCCAAAAAGACAAAAGAAGAGGUGGGGGAGAUCAAGGCCCACGCGGCCGAGUGGAAGGCCAACGUGACGGCGGAGUUCCGGGAGACGCGGCGGCGGCUGAGCGUGGAGAUCCACGACAAGCUGCAGCGCGCGGCCACGCUGCGCAGCAUGGAGCGCCGGCGCCUGGGCCUGGACCAGCGCGCGCACUCGCUGGACAUGCUCUCCCCCGAGAAGCGCUCCGUGUUCGCGGCGCUGGACGCCGGCCGCGCCAAGGCCUCCUCCCAGGAGAGCAUCAACAACCGGCCCAACAACCUGCGCCUCCGGGGGCCCGAGCCCCUGCACAAGCACGGGCAGGGGGCCUCCGAGGACAACAUCAUCAACAAGUUCGGGUCCAGCGCCAAGCUCACCAAGAGGAAAAACAAGGAAACCAAGAAGGCCUUGCCCGAGGACGUUCAGAAGAUCUACAAGACCUUCCGCAACUACUCGCUGGACGAGGAGAAGAGGGAGGAGGAGACGGAGAAGAUGUGCAACUCGGACCACUCCAGCACGGCCAUGCUGACCCACUGCGCGCAGCCGCCCGCCGCGGUGGAGAACGGCAUGGUCCCCGCGGACACCAAAGACAGGGAACACGAGAACAACGCGCUGCUUCAAGACAGGAGCUAA